GGAGCUCACUAGUGAGAUCAGCUGUGGGAGGGGCAAGCUAUCGCUGAAGCGCAUCACUGAUCUUUAAAAUUUAACUUUGACAGAGCAGCGCUGACUCUGUUUUAAUAAAGUCCUGUGGAGGACUGCGAUCUGGCACAUGUAAAAAUCCUCCAUUUGUGGUUGUGAUUACCUGCAACUCUUAGGAUUGCAAUGCUACUAGUAUUUUAAGUAAACAAGGCAGGCGCUUGAUGUGGGGGUCUGAGAAGAAGUGUUCCCGAAUAGAAGUAGGUCUGCACUUAAUUAUUGGUUGUGGUGUUAGGGAAACCAGAGCUUUUGGCCAAUAUAAUUUAGUGGCAUCCUGUGCUUGUUAUUGAAAUGCUUCCACAAAGAAUGAAAUGUGGGAGCAGUUUUCUGACAGGCCAGCAGACCUUUAGGGAAGAGAUUAAGUAUGCUGUGCACAGUGAAAACCUCGAUAGACAGAAUCAGCUUCAGAAAGAAUAUCUAUCUCCUCUUACUCUGGCAGGCUGUGGAAAACUGUUCCUAGUGGGUCAAAGAUAGAGUUAAAAUUGCAGGAAAAUGUAGCACCUUUCUGUCCUGUGACUCAGAUUAUUUUUGUGAUUUCCAGCAUUAGUAUUGUUACAUCUUAAUUCUGAACAAAAUAUCUGAUAGGGAUUGAGAAGAUUUACAUUAUUAUGGCUCUUAUGUGUCCUGCAAUGAACUUGCUUCUGAUCUGUCCUGAUGCAUAUUGGUUAAACUUUCUUUUUUUUUUUUUUUUUUGUGGGUAAACAAUAUUUUGUGUUAAUGUACAAGAAAUGAACAAAAUGUAAAAACACAGUGUGUUUUCUUAGAUCACAGUGAGGAAUAGCUCAAUAAAAAAACUGAAAUGUUCUUAAGAUGAAUGCAGGACACUUAAGUACAAAGGAUAUUUUAAAAUUAAAGAGCAGGAAGUCUGAGAGGUGUCAUUACAGUAGUAACCACAGAAACUAUUACAGUUAGUGGAAGUUGUGACUAAAUGUUAUAUGCAUUUUUUUGAACACUGAAGGGACCUGUUUUUUUAUUGCUUUAAACUAUGAAGACGAAAGUCACAGACUAUUUCACUGGUGUAACAGGUACUUUUUCAGUUGUAGCAUAAAUCAAAUCCCUCAUUAAAAGUAAUGGUAAGAAUUCUUCCUUUGUUGAUCAACUAAGAAGAGAAGAAAUGUGGGGGAGAAAGAGGUAAUGGAACUAAGUAUUUUAUUUGAGCAGCGUGUUCUUCAUAUGUCUAGGCAAGGGUCCAAGAAAGGAGAGGUAGUAAAAGGAUGGAAGCAAUGAGGUCUGCUGGCUAUUUUCAAAUUAUACAAGUGGGAGGAGAAGGGAGAGACACAAGGAAGGAGUGCUGCAUAGUUGGGAAGGAGAGACUGUUUCGCUUAGCCUUGCUGAAUCCUUGAAAAGUCGCUUGGUUUUAUACUUAAGCUUUUUAUGUUGUGAGCUUUUUAGAGGACCCCUCCCAAUCACAGUAGGCAACUGCCCAUAGCCCAGAGUAUGUGCACUCAAGAGAGAAAACAGACAUGGAGUAGAAAGAAGUGCAUAGCUACUAUUUGAUUUGCUGAAGAUUACUGGCAGAACUGAGACUGAGUUCCUUUCUGAGUCUCAGUCAAGUUAUGUGUUACCGAAAUUAAAACAUCUGUUACUAGAAGAAAAUAAGGUGAUGUUAUGAAAGACGUAGGUCGUUGAUUAAACAGCGGCUCAUACUAUGUGGUUCGACCAAGACAUGUCAUCUCAAUGUCAGGAGAUGGUUUGCUUUUCAGUUACUGUAAGAUAAUACUAAUCUUGAAACCUUGGGAAAAUAAUCACAUGCUUUUUUUCUUGUCUUGCCAGAUACACAGACUGAGGUGUGCAGUGUACAGCAUUGGAACUGAAGAGCAAUGGAGCAGUACACAGCAAAUAGUAACAGCUCCACAGAGCAGAUUGUUGUGCAGGCUGGACAGAUUCAGCAACAGCAGCAGGGUGGUGUCACUGCUGUCCAGUUGCAGACUGAGGCCCAGGUGGCAUCCGCCUCAGGCCAGCAAGUCCAGACCCUCCAGGUAGUCCAGGGUCAACCAUUAAUGGUACAAGUAAGCGGAGGUCAGCUGAUCACCUCGACUGGUCAGCCAAUCAUGGUGCAGGCUGUGCCUGGGGGUCAGGGCCAGACAAUCAUGCAAGUCCCAGUUUCUGGAACACAGGGACUGCAGCAGAUUCAGUUGGUCCAGCCAGGUCAGAUUCAGAUUCAAGGUGGGCAGGCUGUGCAGGUACAGGGGCAGCAGGGCCAGACCCAGCAGAUCAUUAUACAGCAGCCACAGACUGCAGUUACUGCUGGCCAGACACAGACCCAGCAACAAAUAGCAGUUCAAGGGCAACAGGUAGCGCAAACAGCUGAAGGCCAGACCAUUGUCUAUCAGCCAGUUAAUGCUGAUGGAACCAUUCUUCAACAAGUUACAGUCCCUGUUACAGGCAUGAUCACCAUCCCAGCAGCCAGUUUGGCUGGAGCACAAAUUGUGCAGACGGGAGCCAACACCAAUACAACCAGCAGUGGACAAGGGACCGUGACGGUGACACUACCAGUUGCUGGAAAUGUCGUCAAUUCAGGGGGAAUGGUUAUGAUGGUACCUGGAGCUGGAUCAGUACCAGCUAUCCAGAGAAUACCUUUGCCUGGAGCAGAAAUGCUUGAAGAAGAGCCACUCUAUGUAAAUGCUAAACAGUAUCACCGGAUCCUAAAGAGGAGGCAGGCACGGGCUAAGCUUGAAGCCGAGGGAAAAAUUCCCAAAGAAAGAAGGAAAUACUUGCAUGAAUCUCGGCAUCGUCAUGCCAUGGCGAGGAAGCGGGGAGAAGGUGGACGUUUCUUCUCACCAAAGGAGAAGGAUAGCCCGCAUAUGCAGGAUCCAUCUCAGGCCAAUGAAGAAGCAAUGACACAGAUGAUAAGAGUUUCUUAACCACUGCUUAAAGAAAAAAAUAACUGAAUAAAAGUCCUGUCCCUCCUGCAAGUCUGUCCUACCUUACCAGUGUAUCAAGCAAGUCUUUCAAUGGGACAAUCACCAUAUCACAGCCUAUCCUUUUCUACAGAACAAACACCACUUUUUCAGUAUGUGGCUGAGAUUUUAACUGCAGUGGACUCAACAGAUAGAAACUUAAUGACUUUAUUGGUAUAUUCUUCUGAUCCAGUGCAGGGAUUUCAAAGUCUGACUGCUCAUGCCUAUUUUUUUUUUUAAAAAAACCAUCUCUUGCAUUAAGAUUGGCCAUGGGUGAGAGUGCCACUGACUUGGUGAUCAGCAAUAACUCUGGCAUGCUGAAGCAGGGCCAGCAAAGACCUGUUGGAGUUAUGGACCUUCUGUACAGAGACAUAAUCCAGUUUAUAGCAACCAGCACUGACACGGCUUCACUACAGUGCUUUGUUUUCCCAGUAGAGACUUGUUAUUUACAUCCACUCCUUACAACUUUGGACUUACUGUCAACUGAACUGUUCAUUGCUGUUGCAUUUGCACUUCUGAAACUGGCAAAACUGAAGGGGGUUCCUUUAAGCUCCAUCCUGUGAAAUAUGUAAACAGCAAGCUCUUCUCUGGGAAAAGUUCAGCCAUCCAGUCAGAAUGAUAGAAGUAGUUCAAGAUUAUUACAAGACUUGAUAUAUUGCAUAUCUGUUCCAAGGAAUAAAUGGGGAGAGGGUCAUUGAUGGGAGUAUAAAAAUGUAAUGAGAAAAAGCAAUCUGUGUAGGUGUUUUUUGAUAUGUUUAUUGCCAGUAAUUGACACUUUGGAAGAAAAGCAGAUGUUAGUAUAAAAAGGAUCAAAACUUCUAAGUGAGUCUCUUCUAAAGACUUUUUUUUUUUUUUUUUAAUCUUCCUUCUAACUUGCCAGUGCAGUGCUGGGUUCCUCCAAAAGAAAUAAUAUCUGCAAUCUCAGAGGGAUAGGACUUGACCAUCUUCAUGACUGUGUUUCCUGAUAUUAGUUCUGCAGUUCUCUGAUCCUGCACAGAGUGAGGGAUUGUUUCAUGACAACAGAAACACAGGACAAUUCAACUCAGCUCAUCCUGAUGUAACUGAAGGAUUGUUAAACAAAUGAAGGCGGGUAUUGGUGAACCUUUCAGACUUUUUACAGAAUACCCUCUCUUAGAUAAAAGUGGCACUUAAAGAAUGAGGAAAGAAUGCUUGCUUUUUAAAAAAGGCAUUUUUUUAUGACCUUUAGCUGGCUUCUGGAUUGGUACCUUGACAAAACAUACCUUUAAUUCAGUAGCUAAUUACAAAUUUCAAACUUGGUCCAUUCUUACUGACUUGAAAUUUGGCAGGUGGAACCUAUAGUUCUUAAGCCUUCUAACAGGAGAUACGUGCAUCUUUCCAUGUCCAUUCACCUUGAAUGAGUUAUGUGGACUGGCUGUAUAUCACCUACAUGCUGUAGUCCCAUCUCUUUCAAUUUUUGUGUUCUGCAGUUAAAACUGUGUCACUGCAGGUUAAGUAUGGACUUGGAAGCAUGGCCAGGCUUUGUGACUGAGGGAUGCAAUUAUGAACCUGAAAAGGGAAAGUAGCAGAGGGAGAUGUUUUACUGAGGAAAACAGCCAGAGAGGUGCAAGGCUAGUUUAAAUUCAGUGAAACCUGCUUAAGGUGACAAAGCAAAUGUACCCUGGAAAAAGACAGGAGGGAGAGAAUACUGGUAAUAUUUUUUUCAUUCACUGAAAGCUUAUGGCUGAAGUUACAGUUCAUGCAGAAUGGAGGAAAAAAUAGCACAUGAUAAAAGGUUGGAAGGGUAUAAAAAACAGAGCCAUCAAACCUCUAUUUACUUUGGAUAAAGGACAAAUACUAAACCUUAAAGAGUAAAAGCAGAUGGGAAAGAAUGCAAGGGGAGGAAGCAGAAACAGGGAGAAAUGUUUGAUGCUGCAUUCUGGGAGGGAGAGUAUGCCUGCCUAGACAUUAAGGAAGGCAAUGUUAGGUCAGCCAUCUGUGAAGGUACAUAGACUCUUGCCAUCGAAAGUACAAAGAAGAAAUGCAGAUUUGGCAUAUGUAUUUAGGCAGCUGGAUUUUCUAAAUCAAGCUCAGGAUCUACCCUGCUGAAUUUUUAGUUUCAUGUUCUUUACAUUAUCACAGUUGACAUUGCAACUGAGCAAGAAGCUGUUCUACACGCAAGUGACACCUGCAGCUAUGGGAGGGGGUGGAAGCCUAGUUCUUGAUAUGCAUAUCAAAGAACCUUUUUAUUUUGUCUUAAAUUAUAUUAGUAAUCUAGUACUCUGUUCACAAAUCUUACACUUUAAGUUUUUUGGAUUUUUUUAAUUAGUCAAAAGGCAUUUGGUUACCCCCGUUGCAUUGCUGGCAUCUUUGGUGCCUUUGGUUGCUUCCGCCUUAAAAUACUUGGCCAAUUAGAGCAUGGUGCUUUUUUUCUUCAGUUGGCGACUACGAAAUCCUCACCUAGCAUUUCUUGUGAGGUCACCCAUUUCAGGAAAAAUGUAGCUCUCUUCUAGUGAAGGAAUAAUGAAACUUUUGCUUUAGUUGAAUUUACAGCAUUAUUGUAAAUACUUUUUAAGAGCAUCUGUACCUUUUGUCAGUCUAGAGUAUUCAUGUGCUGGAGGAAUAUUUCUUGCUGGAGUAAGGCAGCCUCUCCAUAACAUUUCUGCUCUUCAACUGACAGCUAAUCUCUGUCCUGAAGACCCCCCUCUGACAGUUGGAAGUUAGGGAAGCAGAGAUUAUUGCUCUGAAUUUUUUUUUAACUGAGUAAUUACUUGUUUUCUUAACCUGUAAACUUCUUCAGAACAUCUAGAACUUUUUUCCCAGUAAGCCCUUCAUAUAUAGGUUCCCUGAUCUGUUGUUGUAGAAUAUGUAUUAAGACCUAUGGAUUUGUGUUACGUAGGAAGUCUUAUCGUUAAUACUUUCAAUAGUGAUGUGAAAGCCUGAGUGCUACUGUCAUAUUUUUCAUUUACUUUGGGUUACGUGUAUUCACUUCUAAAAGUAGUGUUUGCUUGGUGAGAUCGGAGAUAAGUCAAUACCAUGUUACCAAAAAAUUCCAUUUUCUUUUCUUGGGUAAAUUUAUAAAAUUGGAAACAUCACCAAGUUCAAACCUGUAGUAAUUAAAAAAGAAUUCUUUGUGGAUUGGCUACACUUGAGCAAAAACUCCACUUCAGAAGCGCAUAAAAGAGGGAUGAGGAUAAAGAAUGGGCUUGGGGAGAACGAAAAAUGUGGUCGAUUGACCCAGAGAGCACUGGAGCAGUGAACGUAUCAAAAACCAAUUUUAUACAAGUGUAAAGAAUGGGGUGUGGGAAAUGGUCCUCAAGUGAUGCUAAAUGGCUUCAAGGCUUUGCAUGUUUAAAAAGAAAAAAAGAAAGCUAAGGAGAGAAAAAAACUCUUACUUUGUGAAUGGGGGGUACUGAGAUUUGCGUAAUGUAAGGCAAAGUUUGUAUAUAGUUAAAAGUUUAUAAUUUUUUUUAUAUGAUGCAUUUUUUCAAGUGUAUUUUGGUCUUUAAUAGAUGCAACUGUAAGUACUGUGUACACUAUCCAGCUAAUAAAAGUUUAUAAACCGAGAA